AACAGUGUUGAUUUUCACGGUUCAAGCGAAGGACAUCUUUUACGUACCCAUUCUCAGUCAUUAGGACGCCGCCUGCGCCUGUCAUGGUCACCAUGUCGGCUUCCAACGGCCAAGACGACGACAAGGAUAAGAAUCUUUACUUUGGCUUGACGAUCGCACGCAGUGAUGGCAAGGGAUACGAUAACCUCGACCACAAUGCACUAGAUCCCAAGGAGGACCAGGACGUUGCGCAGCUUGAACGUUGGGAAGUCAUCAUCGGUGGUCAUUUGCAGCAUCAACUCGGCCUCCCAAUCGACAAGCAGUACAAGCUCGCCGUUCUACCCAAGGAGUACGAGCUGCGAUGCGCCAUCCGAAAGGACGGUGGUAGAGACUACUACCUAUACGGUCACCCGGCUGGCCGCAAGGCUGUUUAUCGGACUCCCGGUGACUUCGUCUUGCACGCCCUCUUCCUGCUCAGCAACCACACUGGCUACAGUCAGUGUUCCUGCGAUCUGUGCUGCAAGAUGAUCGAGUCUCAGAAGCUGAGGCAAACCGAUCAACAACACGCACAGAAAAUCCAACAGGUACUAGGGCAAAAGCAAAGGCAGCUGCAAAUAGAGCAGCAGCAAAAACAGCAGGAGCAGCAGCAGAAAGAGCAUGAGCAACAGCAACAGCAACAGCAACAGCAACAACAACAACAAAAUCAACAGAUGCAACAGGCGCAACAGGCGCAACAAAUCAUGCAACAAACUCAACAGCAACAACACCAGCAACAGGGACAGCAGCAAGCUCAGGGCAACCCUCAGGCACAGGUAUUUGCGGCCCCAGGGGUUACAAGUCUCACAAAUGUCUUCCGCGCAGGCGAGUUGGUUUGGUACAAGCAUCAGGCUUGGAGGCUCGGCGUGAUCCUAUCGAUUGCUCCCAAGAGGCAAACGCCAGGCCCUGCGCCAGACGCGGCCUUUAACUUCUUGGUGGCACCGUUGGGCCACCGGACGUUGGGACAACAAAGCUUUUAUAUCGACGCCAAGUCCAUGCGCCCGUUCCUCACAUUCAGUGUACCAGGUGUUGGCGAGAACUUCUCGAGCUUGGCGAACCGGACAUACGACUCGAUCGACUGGCCGACCUUCUCGGUCCAAUAUUGUCAGAGUCUGGGCCUCACGGAUCCCAGUCAGCUAGACAUCGCCAGGCAGACCGUCGGACUCGAAGCGUCAAAGUUGGCGGCCAAGUACAUCAAUGAUUGCUAUUCCACAUUCAACAAACUGAACAAUUCGAACGUCAGUGGCGCCCAAGAUACCCUCUUCCACGAAGGAGUCUAUCUCGGGGCUGAAAUGAUCCGUGUCGGGGAUCCUGUACGCGUCGUUGGAGGCCAUGUUGGCAACGGCCAGAACAAUGGUGGUACUGAGACGAACGCUGUCAUGCUUGUAUCGGAGAUUGCUACGGAUACCCACGGGAUGAAUAUCCGGUUUAAGGGUAAUCUUUUCCAGACCGUCCGGUCUACUCCGCCCAUGCCACCCAACGUGGUCGCCCCGGAGUCCUUGGGUCCAGUCUUUAUUGAAGAGGUCAUGUCAAGAAACGAGAUCGAAAAGUACAACAAGGCGCGAUGGGGGUGGGCGUUAGUUGAGCGGGACGCGGUGCGGACUGAAGUUGACACUCUGGGCCGAUUCUAUGUGACGCAUCGGUUGAUGAACAUUAUUGACCCGGCGCGGUUCACAGCGUCGGUCCAGAAAGGGGUUGUGGAGGAUGCGCACGCAUACCUGAACAACCGAGCCCAUAGCGGAGGUGGCAAAUUCAAUGGUCGUGCCCCGACGCGCGCUGACACGUUGGGGAUGGCUGUGAAUGCGAUGUUCGCCGCACCGGAGGGGAUGGACGAGGGCUUCUAG